AUGUGCGGCGCGCGCGCGUCCGUCGACGACGGACUGACGCUCACCGACGCGUGCGCGACGCGCCUGCGCGCCAUCGCCGACGAAGACGGAAGCGCGCCCGCGCGCCUGCGGCUCGCCGUCGAGGGCGGCGGGUGCUCGGGGUUCAAGUACGAGUUCACCCUCGAGCGCGACGCGGCGACGGCGCGCGAUAAGACGUUUCGAGCGGCGAACGGGGCGGAGGUGGUGGUGGAUGCGAUUUCGUACGAAUUCGUCAAGGGGGCGACGAUCGAUUACGCGGAGGAGAUGAUCAAGAGCUCGUUCGAGGUGGUGAAGAAUCCGCAGGCGGAGACGUCGUGCGGGUGCGGGGCGUCGUUCGGGGCGAAGGACGGCGCGUUCGGGGGGUGA